AUGCGCCUGGUCCAGUUCCGCCGACGGGGAGCCGAGUGAAGUGCGAGGGUCGGUGUGGAGAGCGCGAACGGCGUCGUCGACCUGAAGGCGUUUGAUCAGACCGUGCCGUCCACCAUGAGGGAGUUCUUGGAGCUGGGAGAGAAAGGCAUAGAGUGUGCUCAGAGAGCCAUGUCCAGUGGCGACUGUGUGCUCCCUCACACUGAUAUUCAGCUCUUGGCUCUGGUCACUGGCCCGGACAAGGUGGUGUGUGUGUCUGUCUGUCUGUAUGUAUGUAUGAACUACAGAGACCACUGCCUGGAGCAGAACGCCCCCAUCCCCACUGAGCCCAUCAUCUUCAGCAAGUUCCCCAUCUCUAUCACGGGCCCCUACGACGACAUUCACCUGCCAAACAAGAGCCAGGUGGUACGAAGUAACAUCCACAUGGAUACCAGGACCCACGUUUUCUCAACAGAAUACUGUCCAGAGCAUCAUACUGUCUUCUUCCUAUAGUGCAUCCUGGUGCUAUCGCUUCCUCAGGUAAGUGACGCACAUAUAUCUGUCAACAUUAUAUAAAAGAAAUCGUGAAUCAGACCAGGCCUUCUUCUUUCAUUGCUCCACGGUCUAGUUCUGAUACUCACGUGACCAUUGUAGUUGCGUUCGGUGAUGAACAGGGGUCAGCAUGGGCACUCUGACUGG